GAACGAACUUUCCAAUCAAGUUUCGUCAGUGAAAUCGAUCAUUUGUCCAUUGGGAAAACAAAACUGUUGAAAAUCAUGAAGGGCGUUCAAAUAUUUGGAAUUUUGUUCCUUGGUGGACUUUUGUUGGUGCAAAGAACUGAUGCCAGUAAAAAGUUGAACCAACUGAUAGACGUUUGCCGCAAAGGGCUCAACGUGACGGAAGAGAUGGCCUCAGCCUAUCGGCGGGUUGAGUUCCCGGAUGAUUCGACCACCAAGUGUGUGCUGCGCUGUAUGGCGCUCAAUUUGGGCGUGUACGAUGAUCUUUCCGGAAUCCACAUGGCAGCCACCUGGCAGAUGUUUGCCGAUGGUCGUGGCCCUCGGGAGGAGAAACAAUUUGCCGAAAGCCACUUCAGCUGUAUACGCCGGAAUCAGGCGUCGGUAGCCGCGGACGAUUAUUGUGGCCGAGUGUGGGCCGCCUAUUUGUGUUAUCGGGACGAAUUUCAAGCGUUGAUGAAGAAGCAACAGAAAGCUGCGGUAAAAGUGUGAAUAAGGUUUUUGUGCUAUACUAAGAGGUACUUGAAUGAAAAUAAAAACAAUCUAUUUUGAAAUG